AUGAUGGAUUUUUUAGGUUCUAAUUUUGCAUGCAUGCGAGCCAAAACAAAAAAUCCAAAAGACCUGCCUGAAAGUCUGGUCACAUUUUUGAUAAAUUUCGUUCUUGAUGGUGUUGGCCUAUACGCAGAAGAACUGCUGAUGAGUGCUACCGAAUGCGCGCGGCAAUCAAAUAGAUCUUGGCUGGGCCUAGGGAACGACGAUGAGGCUAGGACGAAGACGUUUGACAACAUGGGAUCGUCAUCAUUUUUCCUGCUGGCCUGCGCACAUAAAAUGUUCUUUGGAGACCGCAAGAAGGAGCGGUAUGUCGGAGAAUCAGGAGAUGGACCGGACAACGAGAAAAUACGCAAGAAGGACGGCACCUGGUUACCUGCAUCGAAGACAGACCGUUAUAGAGAUUCGAAGAAGAAGCAAAAUGGUUACAAGAAGAAAAUGAUGCGCCAUUUUGUUGCAUUUUCCUUACUGUUAUUCGUUUUGGAAAUCUCAGUCGAGGCGAGGGUAGCAAGCCUGGAUGAGGCUAAAAUUUCAAUUUGCUUCCUUAACUGCAAAGGACGUUGCUUGAAACAAUCAAAUUGCCGAGAACACUGCUUAAAAGUAAAAGGAAAAAUAUCUUCCCGCAAGUGUGUCUGUGAGGAUUGUCCCGGUGGUCAACAGACGAAGAAACUGCCUCCUUGA